UCUGAAACACUGGGAAGGCGGAAGAGAGAAUCAUCUCCGUGGUGGUUGUGUUGUGAACGCCUGUCUUCCUACUGCGGAUUCAGUGGCAAAACGCUUUGUUGGCUGUGUUUACAUCCAUCACUGGAGGUAAAAACUACACAGGACAGACAGAACAUUCGGGGGGAAUGGAGUCUCACGGCAGAGACGACGCAAAGGGACCGGUGCUGCAUAUCGUGGUGGUUGGUUUUCACCACAAAAAGGGCUGUCAGGUGGAGUUCUCCUACCCGCCGCUGAUGCCAGAUGAGGGUCACGACAGUAACCUAUUGCCAGAGGAGUGGAAGUAUCUGCCUUUCCUGGCCCUUCCUGACGGGGCACACAAUUUCCAGGACGACACUGUGUAUUUCCACCUGCCGCCCCUGAGUGAAGACAUGAAGUGUGUCUAUGGAGUUUCCUGUUAUCGCCAAAUAGAAGCAAAGGCCCUGAAGGUCCGACAGGCCGACGUCACCAGAGAGACGGUUCAGAAGAGCGUGUGCGUCCUCAGUCGAGUGCCUCUCUACGGUUUGCUUCAAGCUAAGCUGCAGCUCAUCACACACGCCUACUUCGAGGAGAAAGACUUCUCUCAGAUCUCUAUUUUAAAGGAACUGUACGACCACAUGAACGGCUCCCUGAGGGGCUCCACUCUCGAGGGGUCACAGGUCUAUCUCGGGUUAUCACCGAGAGAUUUAAUUCUCCACUUUCAGAACAAGGUUCUCAUCCUCUUCAAGCUCAUCCUGCUGGAGAAGAAGGUCCUGUUCUACGUGUCUCCUGUCAACAGACUAGUAGGAGCUCUGAUGACAGUUUUAUCACUGUUUCCAGGUAUGAUCGAGCACGGCCUGGUGGACUCGUCCCACUACAGGCCUAAGAGCAGCGUGUCAGAGGACCCCAGUCUGGUGGAGAGCGUCUCAGGAGCCGAGGAGUUCGUCUCCGUGUCCGCCACCGACAUCGCCAACACCCCCAUGGAGCUGCAGGAGAGAGGCGAGCCUGCCGCAGAGUCUCUCUCCUCGGGGAACACCCCCGAGGGGGACAACCACCUCCUCAAACCCCCGUCACGCACCUCUCCGGACUCCUCAGAGAGUGACUGGGAGACCCUGGACCCCAGCGUGUUGGAGGAAAGUCCCGAGAAGAAGGACGCAGCUGAGGGGAAAGACACAGAGUUCCUGGAUGCCUUCGACUCCAAGCCGGGGACGCCCAUCACCUCGCAGCCACAGCCCGCCAACGGCCAGGGGGGCGUCGUCCAGGGGCUGGUGUCCGGUCUGGAGGAAGACCAGUACGGCCUGCCGCUUCCCAUCUUUACCAAGGGUUACCUGUGUAUGCCCUACAUGGCGCUGCAGCAGCAUCACCUCCUGUCAGAUGUGACGGUGCGUGGAUUUGUUGCCGGGGCAACCAACAUCCUCUUCCGCCAGCAGAGGCACCUCAGUGAUGCUAUCGUCGAGGUGGAGAAAGCGUUGGUCCAAAUCCAGGACCCUGAGUUGAGGAAGACCCUCGACCUGACGACGGCCGACCUGAGAUUCGCCGACUACCUGGUGAAACACGUGACGGAGAACCGCGAUGACGUGUUCCUGGACGGCACGGGCUGGGAGGGCGGAGACGAGUGGAUCCGAGCCCAGUUCACCCUCUACCUCCACUCAUUACUGUCCUCCGCACUGCAGCAAGAUAACGAGAGGCUGCUGGCUGAUUACGGCGCGCCGUUCAUUGCAGCCUGGAAGAUUACACACAACUACCGGGUGUGGUACAGCAACAAGCAUCCUGCCAUGGCCGCCAUCACCCCGGGGCAUCCAUUCCAGGGCCAGUACAGUGUUGCUGAUGUGAAACUACGGUUCUCAAACUCGGUGCAGAACAGCGAGAGAGGGAAGAAGAUCGGAAACGCCAUGAUGACCACCAGCCGCAGCGUGGUGCAGACGGGGAAGGCAGUGGGUCAGUCUGUGGGCGGAGCGUUGACCAGCGCCAAGUCGGCCAUGUCCUCCUGGUUCUCCACGCUGGCCCAGCCUGCAGUUGUAGCCCCUCCAGAUUACGUGGAGGCCGCCACAGAGGUCCAACCCUAAAAACAACCCCCCCCCCCCCUCACUCUGUGUGUGACUCUGCCCUUGUCUGCUCAUCCUCUGGCUGCAAUGAAGCCAGAGGCUCUGUGGACUGGGAGCUGCUUUUAUGAAGGAAAAGAAUAUCUCGAGGAGCUUAAAGUGUGACCCUGACAUCCUCACGUUGCUGACUCCAGGUGAAAUCAUGACAGGAAGGCAGCGCUGGCAUUAUAAUAACUGUACAGUCCAUUUCCACUGUGAGGCAGAGACUGCCAGUGCUUUUGAUCAAAACCCCCGAAAUGUUUGCUGGCUGCAUCAUGUCUGAGCGGCCCUUUGCUGGAAGCUUCUCCUGUAAGACACUAAAGAUACUGUCGUUGGGUUUGCCGUGUUCACUCUCCCUGCUGCAUAUUUCUAGAGUUUGCCUGUAUAGAUAUUUGAUGACGGUUUCAGGCUCACGUCUUUGGACUGAUCAAAGAUGAAUCGGUGCCACAGGAUUUGACAGAACAGCAUGAGCUGUGGCACCGUUUAGGUUUUAAACUGAGCCUGGCUCUCCUUCAGUGAUGUAACAACAUUGUGGUGGUCGUAGCAACGAAUGAAUUCCUGCAUAAAUAAUAAUCCAUACAUUUUAUUUGUAUAGCACACUUUAAAAACAACGUCAUCUCAAGGCGCUUCACAAUAAUAUGAGGGGAAGGAAAGUAAUCUAAGGAACAUAUUUAAGAAAAUACAUAAAACUAGGGAGCUGAGUUUUAAAAGGUUAAGAAAAUAAGGACAGUCAGACAAAUGAAGUGGUUAAGAAAGUCUGAAACUCACACAAUUAUUUCCAUAACUGGUAGAUUUUCUUUUAUAAAUGAGUUAAUUUUAGCAAAUAAAAAGCUAUCAGAGAAGAACAAAGUAACAUCAAUCUUUUGAAGUUAAAUUGAGUGCAAGAAAUAUGAAGCUUCAUUCUUCUAUAUUUUGUUUAACUUUUAAUUUGCAUUGCCACCAUUUUGAAAGAAAGUACAAUAUUUAAAUGUAAGUAUUGAAUUAAUAGUAUUAUUUCUUAAUAUAUUCAGUGUUAUUCUUUACUUUUAACAUUUUAUACCAUGUUCACAUGCCUUUUUAAAUGACUCAUUUCAUCCAAUUCAAUGUAAGAUGAUAUAAUCUUAAUAAAUAGAUUUAAAAAAGGGCAAUUUUCACAUUUGGUGAAGCGCAAGAAAUGUUGGGCGUGUUUCUUCAUAAAGGAUUAGUCCGUAAAGGAACUUGUUGAUUAUGUUAUGUAUAAUUCUGGCUCUCAAACUUCCCUGUUAAGCUCCUGUGAUAAACACUACACAAAAUAAUAACACAGUCUGAAUGCUGUUACUGCACAAACCACAAUGUUGUUACAUGGAUCCUCGUGUACUGUGUCUGACUGUCGAAACCCUCUCUUCACUAUGAAGGAUCCUGCCCCCAGCUGUGUGGCAGGGUGUCAUUACCCCUCACCCAGGCCUUUUUAUACUACAUAUAUAUAUUGGGAGAACUAUAUUUAGUAAAUCUGAAGAUAGUUUAUUUAUUUGUUGUGUAGGAUAUCCAUGUUUUGUCAUGACAACACUGGAGCUGAUGUGUGGCGUGUAUUUGCACAGAGCGGUCCUUAUUCUAUUUAUGUGACUCUUUAACUGUGAUGUCGAGGUGCUUACAGGAUCUGUUCCCUCCAUACUUCAGAUAUUCCACAACAGUUGGAUUAAAAGUGGUCCAGUGAGCAUGCUCUGUCCAGUCCAGUUUUACAGCUGUAAUGAGUGUCACCCCCCCCCCCCCCCCCCCUUUAAGACUCUGUUAAUGUUCCCCUUUGUUCUUCAUGCUUUACACCUUCUUUGGCCAUCGAGUCUUUUCGGGAAUUUACUUUUGAAUUCUGGAUUAGAAGAUAUCAGCUGUUAAGCUUUUUUAUCCUGCUAUAUUUCCAUUUUAUAUUUAACAGAUAUGAAUGUAUUGUGAAUGAAAGUUCACAGAAUAUUUUCUUGACAGAUGCUUUUAAUGUAUUUCAGAAGAAGUGAUCCUCUACUAUAUUGCUGUAUUAAAAAAGAUCAAUAAUACACAAGGGAGGCUUUUUAUAUUUUAGGAGACUACUAUAUGGGAACUGGGUUUUUCUGUUAUCCUCUGGGUGUUUGUGUCUGGGUACGAAUGUAGGUCAGCACAACAAAGUGGUGUGUGUGUGUGUGUGUGUUUGGAGGGGGUUGUUGUUGUGAU